UUCGUAGCGAACGAAUGUGAUUUUGUGUUGUUCAUUCAGUUCCGGGGCAAGCUUGAUCAAGGAAUGAUAGAUGCGGAUUGAAUAUCUUACGGCAAGCUGUUGUAGCCGAUGGGUGAUAAGCGAGUGCACGAGAGUAUCAAGCAAUUUUUUUAAUAGCAAUUUUCGAGCUGGAUCAGUAAAUAUAUGUGUUUAUUCUGCACUUUACGGAAAAGUGAAAAUCCUCUGAUGAAUAGGUGAAUAUGAGCUGAUUAAAUCAAAACCUGCCAAAACAAAUAUCAGUGAAAAACGGAAGACUAUAUGGGACCAGGAAAUUGUAUAAAUUUACAUUUUGACGGCAAACGAACCAAUUACUUUUCAUAUGUAAAACAGUGAAAACUAAAUUUUUAGCUGCGUGAGAGUUUUGAAUUUUAUCGACCUGCUGUACGACCUUGGAAGUGUGUGGAACAUGGUCAACGUGCGGAUUGCUUAAUUAAUGUUGUCUCUUGCUGGGCUAGUAAAAGUGUGUCAGUCUAUGGGACCUAACUAUAAUUAGAUCGGACAAAAAUUACCUGUUAUAGAGUUUAUUAAAAAGUGAAAGGGUGUGGCUGCAUCCCGUUGAUGAUCAGUGAGAUUUAAUCAAAAAUUAAAUCGAUUCUCAACUGUCGCAGAUGAUCAAGUAGUAGAACGAACAACAAUGCAGUGAUUGAGAACUGUUCACGUCGGUGCUCUAGUUAGGUUACGUGCUCAUGUGCAAUGGUUGUUAUUUGUUCGUACAGCUGAGGAAGUGGUGCAAUUGAAAAGUCAUUAUUGAUGAAUUUGCAAAAAAAAUGUAUGCUACUGUGAGUGCUAAGUUGUUGUAAAUGUAGUUCCCUUCGACUUUGUGGUGCUUCCAUUUACCGUAAUUCAUACAUAAUCACACUGAGCAAACAAUUACGGUGUUUCGUGUUUCCAAUACAAUGGACCGAUGGCAUGAGGAAUCACAGCAUUCCUUGUUUCGUUAGUAGUUUGUGGUUUGAAGAUGCCAAGCUAGCCCGAACCGGUGGUUGAAGUGCAGCAGCUAAUAGUGAACGACUUCGAGUAGAAAAUUACUUGCAGUGGAGCGUAUAAGCAACUUGAUGACGCCGAAGAUAUGUUGCUAUGGGCGUACCUGAAACGAUAUAGAUACGUGCUAUGUACGUUGCAUGAAGACGAGUGUUGAUAGUGUUCCUUCGAAGAAAGGUGGAAAAUCCAACACGAUGUUGGGGUAGUAAGUGAACGGCUUGAGCAAAACAAGUGAUGAAAAAGUCCCGCAUUGAAUUAAAUUUCGCGUCGCUCCGAUUAUGUACCUGAUUUACUGAACCUUUUCUCCAUCGUAGACGGUGGAGAACAAAAGAAAAUUCGGAAUCAGAUUGACGAUUAUUUGAUUUAAUUUCGAUUUGAUGUUGAUUAUUGCUGUGCAUGAACUUCCGUAAAAUUGAUAGAAUGUUGGGUUGUGAAAGUUCUUUCCCGUUCCGAUCUGGUGUGAAAACGCAGCACGUGAUUGGAUCAAAUUGAAUCUAGUUAGCGGAUAAAUUCAAUCAACUCGAGAUGGGUAAUGCGAUAAGUAGUUCCAACGAGUCAACGUUGCCUCGGAGACAGCAGCAACAGCAACAACAACAGGGCUUUGAAAACUGCCAUGGAAAACGGUGCUGCUACGAAAAUGGACCUACCAGUACCGCUUCCAAGAGCAAUCAGCAAAGUCAGCCGCAACAGCAGAACCCGGAAAGUUCGCGUAUGCUAUUUUUACUGUAUCUGAUACAUCGUACCUGGAACGUCGUUGUGGAUAGCGUGGAUCAGAAAGGGAAAAAAUCACGUGCAGCUACAUCGGAAGAUUCAGGCGCACCGAGAAGCAAUUACGAUGAAGCUUUCGACACCGACAUCAACUUUUCCGACUUGGAUGACGAUUCGAGCUUGUACGGUUCACAGUACUCUUUCUGCAAUUGCAGUUACUGUGAGGAAGAGGCGGACCGACGAAACAGAUUCGACAACACAAAAGGAAACCGGUUUUCCUUCUGCGACAGUGACAUAUCGUACUGCUCCUAUCAGAUGGCACCAAGCGCUGGAAAAAGCCCUCCCGGGGGUACACAAAUUGGUCCACCGGAUGUGAACGAGAUGACUUUGGGUUGGACUUCAAACAUAAAGCAAGAGAACCAACGUCCACCCGUGUUCAAUCCAGAAGACUACGUAAUUUCACUGAAAAAGUACGGACGCCGGGGAACAAAUGGCAGUUUCAAAUCCAUCUACGAUACAUCGUUUGUGGAGGAACCCAAACCAGAAAAACAACAGCAGCAUAUCGAUACUAAUCGCUCCCACACGUUGCCACACAAGAACUCAGAGUACAGGUCACCAAUACCAGCUCCGCCGGAAAUGGACUGCGAGAUGACCCUGCGUCAGUUUGGCUCAGUGACCGAUCUGCUGACCAAAUUAAGAGCAGACCUGCGAGCCUCAUUUCCCAGUUUCGUCCAGGAAUUCGUCUCCAGUCCGUUGGAUGGCGUAAGUUUGCUACUGGAAGUGCUGCGUGCCGUUCAGCUGAGCCAAAGUGCACCGAUGAAUGGCACCACGACGAUGCCGGCCCCAGGUGCCAUGCCACGGACCAAUCAAUCUUAUCAGCGUAGAGCCCUACUGGAUGAACUUGCGUGCUUACAAUGCCUCAGCAUCUGCUGCACCAGAAGUCCAGAAGCCGGCGCUCGACUUGGCACUACGGCGAUCGGGUUGUUGCCUUUGGCAGCGGCCGCCACGGGAACCGGAAUUCGCUCAAGGAUUGUAGCACUGCAGCUGCUUACAAUAGCGUGCGAUAAAUCAGCCUUAGGUGAUGGAACUCAGCGAAGCCAGCAGCAAGGUCAUACCGCCGUUUCAGAAGCUCUAUCAACGCUUCGUCUCAGAUGCGCAGAGCCGGUACGAUUUAGGUUACUAGUAGGCAUGCUGAAUAGUGGUGGAGGCUCGGGAGAACUACAGGCAGUUGGCAUGAAAUUCGUAAAUACAUUUUUGGAAAGUUCAGAAAGUGUUCAGGUUCGACUAUACCUUCAAGCGGAACUUUUCCAGGCAGGACUGGACCCGGCACAAAUGUGCAAAAUUAUUUCGUCCACUUCUCCUUGGUUAGAACGCCUCCGAGUCGAAGUUAAACGUUGGGAGGCUAUUCGAAUAGAUAUUGAGCAGUUACAGAACCAAGCGCGAUCGGCCGAACAGGUUCGCAGCCGUUUAGUAAUUCUUGAGCGUAGAGUACAAAUUUUACACGAAGAAAAAACUGUUCUUACGACAAUGGAAAGAAGACUGCAGGAACGCUGUGCUGAGUUGCAGAGAGAAGUACUACGACUCAAAGGUAAUCAAAGCCAUGAUGCCUCGAACAGCUCUAGUUUGGAGAAGAGGCCUGUAGCAUUGCCCAGACAGGUUCCACCUCAGCCCAAGAGGAAUACCUCGGAAAAUGAUGAUGAAGGUAUUAGUAGUUCGGAGACUGGACAAUCUUCGACUCCCGAACCUCCACGUGUGUUUCCCACCAAGGAAGGAACCAGUUCUCAUUCACAUAAGUUCAGCAUUUCGUUGAAUCAAGAUAAUGUCAGUCCGUCCAAUGACAUUAACAAUAACGAUGAUGAUACCAAUGCCACUAUUGAAGACGUUAUCGAAGAGUUGCAAAAUAUCGUAAACGAUGCGGAACGGGAAAUCUCUGAUCAAAAUGAAGUACUCUAUCAUCAAAUGCAGGAUUUAACCGAUAAAACAUUGUACAGCUUGGAAAUAAACACUGAGAAUGAAAUAGUACCUGUAAACCUCCUACCUCAUCCACCCCGCAAAUCCCGUUCCUUAGCACAUCUCAUCUCAACACCUUCUGAUGGGGACGGAUCUGGAUAUGACAUUAUAUUAGCCAACAAUGAAACAAAAAUCAAUUUUUUCGAAGAUGAAAACCUUGCGAAGGAGCAGAACAAAUCAUUCGUCGACAGCAGUUUUUACAACGAGGAAACAGUACCUGAUCAGGUUCGUCCAGAUAUCAUUCAUACGGCUGUUGAAUCACAGGUUUUGCACAGAAGUCGUGCAUCUACCAAAGAUUCCAACCGAGCGAUACUGAAUGUCAUUAUGGAUGCCAGGGACAAGGAAUGCCGAAUGACUCGGGCGCAAUCUUUGGAACGCGAGACACCGCCAGCUCUCCCGGCACAGCAGUUUAAUGGCGUGUUCUUUAUGACGGAUAUGAACAGUGCCGGAAAGUACCCCAAGCCAGAUAUUACCGCCGCGCUAGAAGCAAAAAAGGUAACCAAAAAUCUGGAUCGUCUAGGUGCCUACGGAGUCGAUUCGAUGAUCGACAUAGUUAUGACUAGUGAGCAAAGAGCGGCAAAUAAGUCCAAUGGGUUUCAAAAAAUUCGUAUCAACCAUCAACAGUCGAAUGGAAAUGGUGGCACGAACGGAGCUCCGGGACACAAUAAAAAUGGCACUGGGAACAAUAAUUUCAAGCUGCGAUCGCAGAUGCAUUACCCAGGAAAUGGGUCUUUGCUCCGAGAGACAAGCCGCAGCCAGACUAAUCUUGGCUCUAAAGUAACCGAUCUUCCAUCAGGGUUGUAUUGAAUGAUUGAAUGUGGUAGCGCUCCGAUGUUGCGAUUGACUUCAAGAAUGCAAUGUUUUAAAUACUUCUGUGCAAUAUUUAUUCUUUUACUUUGAGCUUAAGAUAUGUUUUAAUUCAAUUUCAGUUAGGUGUUCCACUAUCUACACCCGAAUGAUAUCGACGUUCUAGUUUGUACAUAGUUACUCCCGUUACUCUAAACGAUAAGUGGUGAUGGUACAACACAAACUAUCUGCUCCUAGGGACACCUUUCCGAAUAGCUGCGUUUGAUGUUUAUGAGAAAUUUAAGCAAAAUGUGUUGAUUUUAAGUUCUUUUCGUAUAAUUUUAAAAGAUUCAUUACACCCAAUAAAGAUAU